GUAAACAAAGCCGCGACGUAGGCUACAUUAGCUGAAGUUGAAUGGUUUCCCGACUGCUUUUGACACACGGAAUAAAAAAGUAAACCACCAAGUUAUGCAAUAAGUAUGCAAAUGCCACAUCAGUGGACAAACCUGGCGGAGACUUCACUCUGGACGAUCAUGGAUAACUUAUUUCGCUAACAAUCACAGCUUUCCAUUCAAGAUAGCAAAGUAAGCUAAUCAAAGUGGCUAUGUUGAUGGCGUUGUAAAUGCUAUUGCAGCAGACAAAUAUAAGAUUUUGUGCAAACGUUGAAUGUGCGUGGUGGCUUUUAAAUUUACUCUGAGAGAAUUGCUGAACUUGCUAUCACCAUUUUGACGAAGUCCAAGAUGAGAACACGGUCCCACUCGCCACCCAUUCAUGUCCAUGUCCCCGACUCUUCCACGGCCCUACAUGUUCACCUGAGGAAGGGUCAGAGCUGUACUUCCUCCCAGGCGCAUCAGAAUGAAACGUCCAAUCUACGAGCCACAGCAAAGGUGAGGGCCAAAGUGCCCUGGCUCCCACCUGGGAAGAACACCCGCCAUCGUGAAAACUACAAGUGGGAGGGAGCGUCCCACUGUUUGGAGAUCACCUCUGGCGUCCAGUCUGAUGUGGGCUCUUCUCCACUGAAGCUAGCUGACCUGUCCAAAGAUGCUAGGGAAGCAAGAGGUGAAACCUUGACCAAAUAUGACCACCGAGCAGACGCACUCAUGUCAGAGGGAGACCAAGUGAAGAGAAAGGUGAAGUUGCAGGAGAAGAAACAGCUCCUGGAGCGCCAGACAGAGCACCUGGACGUGUGCCAGCGGCUGAUCGGGGUGCGUGAGGAGCAGCUGGCCGAGGCCAGCAUGGAGCUGGAGGAGUCGCGCAGGGCCAACACGGACCUCAGGCGGUCCCUGGAACAGAUGCAGAUGCAGGACAGCGCUGAGUACGACAGGGCACAUGGAGGAGGGGCUGGCCAGGGUGACGUGGACUUGCUACUCAGGAAGCUGGUGGAGGCGGAGAUAGACGGGGAGGCAGCGGCACAGCAGGUGGCAGCUCUACGGGAUCUCAUCAAUCACCUGAAGAAGGAGAGGAAGAUGUCCAAGCCGGAUGCAUCUCUGCUCGGCCGGCAGCAUGAGGCGCUGGUCAAGAAACUAGAGGCAUUUGAGAACACCAACCGAGGCCUCAGGCAGCUCUUACGGGACCAGCAUGGCCGAGAGACGGACGUGAUACGAGCACUAGAGGAGAGGGAAGAACUCCUCCGGAGACUGGCCGAGUCUGAAGCUGAGAAAGCGAGACUGGAGGCUAAACUCAGCACAAGAAUGAAAGAAGCCAAUCAGAUAUCCGAACACUUGGAAGGAGAGAAGGACCUUGCCAAGAGCUCCAGGUAUCUGUCCAAGGCUCUGGAGACCACUCAUGGACACUUGCAGAAGCAACUACUCAAGAAAGAAGUGGAGAAUAACCACCUGGAAGCACAGAUUGAGAUGAUGGAGGGCACUCUGGGUCAGCAGCAGGAGGAGAUGCAGACUCUUCGGCAGCAGAUUCAGCUGCUGCAGCGCCACCACCAGGUCGACCAGGAGGUGCAGCAUCACGAAGACCAAUCGCAGAGGAAGAGGGCGGAGCUGAGUGAGAGCCACGCCUCCAAGCUCUCCACUCAGCUGAUGGAGAAGGAGGCUCAGCUAGCAGAUGCCCUGUCCACGGCGGAGCAGCUGAAGAUCCGUCACACCAAAGAGACCCGAGACAGGAGACAGCAGGAGCUGCAGCUCAUCGCUCUGAAGAACCGUGUGGCUGAGCUGACGGAGCUGCUGGAGACGGCGGACGGGAAGUUCUGUGUGGAGAAAGAGGGGAUCCUGGACCGCCUGCACCGCCUCACCUCCGAGGCCUCCUCCACUCGCCUGGAGAACCAGAGACUCAAGACCACCCUCUCUGCAUCGGAGGACAAGGUGACUAUGAUGCAGACAGAGCUCCAGCACUUGAAAAGCACUAUCACUGACUUUGAGAAGCUGGUAGAUGGCUACAAAUCACAGGUGCAGAAAACUCGUGAGGAGUCGGAGGAGUACCAGGCGAAGCUGGAGGCCACGGAGCGGGAGCUGCGCGGGGUGCGUGUGGACGGGGAGCGUGAGGUGGAGGCGGUGCGCAGGCAGCUGGGGGGCCGCGUGAUGGAGCUGGAGCCCGUGGCCGAGGCCCUGAGGAGGGUGGAGGAGCAGCUGAUGGAGGCCCGCCAGCAGGAGGACAGGCAGCGUCGCCGCGGAGCAGAGCAAGGCCAAGCCCUCGAAGACAUGAAACUCAGGGUGGAGCAGCAGAACAUGCGCCUGGAGACGCUGCAGGAGAAAAACAUGGUGCUGCUGGAGGAGAACAACGAGCUGAGAUGCUCCUUGGACACCUUGGAGAGGCGCGUGGAGGAGGCGAACGGUGCGAAGAGGGAGCUGCUGGAGACGCUGGCUCUGCGGGACGACAGGAUGAGGAGCUCGCAGCUGCGGCUGGAGGAGAAGAGCCGCGAGAACGAACUGCUCACCCGGCAACUGGAGGAGGCACGCGGAGACACGCAGAGACAGGUAGAGCAGAGUCUGGAGCGGGCGCAGACAAAGGAGAGGACUGUACAUGCCAAAGCCCUGGACCUGGAGACUCAGCUGAGCGUGGCCAAGUCAGAGAUGAACCAGCUACGCCACUGCAAGGAGGAGAUGGAGCGGCGUAUGCAUGGCAAGGUGGAGGACCUGAAGCGCCAGCUGGAGCAUUCAGACAGCACCAACCGCAGCCUGCAGACCUACGUGCAAUACCUCAAGGCCUCCUUCGCCACCACCUUCGGAGGGGACUCCCUCCUCACCAGCACCCCCACCUCACACCACCACCACCACAUGCACACUGGACGCCGUUCAGACCAUGUAGAUAAUUAUGCCGAAAAAGGAUACUUUUAAUAAAUCUGACUGGAUUUAUGGCAUAAUUGACUGAAAUUAUAAGGUGUGUGUGUCUGUGUGAAGUGUGCUUUUGACUUGUGGUAGUGAGGCUGGUGCAUGUGUCCAAUGACCUCAAGGUCUCCUUUGCCAUUACCUUUGGAAGAGGCCCCAUCCAUCCUCAUCACCACCGCCAGCCGACCGCCAUACUCACCCACCACCCACCAUUAAGAGAAAUGUUUAGACAGUGACGUGACGGACAAAUGGGAUAAUUUUUAAUAAACGUGCCUGAGCUAAUUAAAUUA